UGGAAAUUCCAAAAUAGGACUGCCAUGUUUUUUAUUCCCAAAAUAUGAGUAAUUACUGUCAAGUUUGGAAAAUACUGCCAUGUUUGAAGUCUGGUACUGUCAAAUUAUGACAGUAAUUAGUCUUACUUUGGGAAUAAAAACAUGGCAGCCCUAUUUUAGAAUUUUCAAACCUUUUUAGUCCUAUUUGAGGUAAUAUCUCUAAUAAUAAUAAUAAUAAUAAUAAUAUUUGAAUUAUUGUCCAUUUACGUAUUAUAAUGCAUUUCUUUUCCAACCAAACAAGUAUAAAUGUAAAUUAUGAAGGACUUGUAAAUGGAUACAGCAUAAAGUGAAAUAUAUAUUUAUAUAUAUAAGAACUAUACUUCAUUCAUAAGUUAGUGAAUAUCCCAAAUUGCACUAUAUAUAUGGACACAAUAUGUAGCUCUCUUAUAAUAAUAUACACGUAUGUGUGAAUAUAAAUUGUUCAGUUACAGUUCAAUUUGAGUAGUUAUUUCCUUGAUACUAUACAAUUGUGCGCCUCUAUUUCAUCUCAAAGCUUCAAGGGGAAAGUCUCUUCUUCUUCUGAUCUCUUGGACUUGAAUUGUUUUCAUAUACACACACAUAUUUUGUUCUAAAUUCCUGAGAUUGCGUACAAAGUUAGCUCGCUAGUAAAAUAAUUAAGAAUGGAUCGCAUGGGCAAUAAUCAUUUUCAUUAUUAUUUGUGCUACCAAUGCUAUGAGGGAUUCCGUUCUCCUAAUGUAGUCAAUUCGUGUCCUCUAUGUUUAUCUGAAUUAUUUUUGUAUGAGAUUCAAAGCAAUAUAUUGUACAUUGGGGAUAUCAACAACCAUCGAGCCCCCCCGCUAUUAGUUCAUCAGUGGCAGUCAAGAUAUCAUGAAAAGGCAGAUCCAUGUGUAAAGCUUGAGCGGCCUGGAAUUGUGACCCGUUUAAUAUGGCGAGGAAGAGGUGAGCAACCCCAAACCAAUAGAUGGAAAGGUGGGUUGGAGAAGCUUCAAACCGGCAUCGAACCAGUAAUACAAUGCAGUCAAUGGUAUUGGUGCUACCAUUGUCGUAGACUAGGUCAUGUCACAGAAACAGAUGGAGUCGUUUCAACGACUCCUCCUCUUUCUCUUACUAUUCCUGAAAUCAUGCGGUGUCAGGAAUGCUCACUUGAUAGAGCAGUCAGAUCCACGGUUGCGACAUUUGACACCCAUGACCCCAUUUGCUGGUGUUAUCGAUGUCACAAACCUUAUCAUGUUGGAGGAAUCGUCCAAUCCUCUUUCUCUUCCUCUUCUGAACCGAUAUGUCCUCGGUGUGGGAAUGGUCAGUUCAUGUCACCGUGCGAAUUUCCAGAAAUGUCAUCAUCCACGGGGAUGGUGAAAGAGACUCACCAAUGGACCAUGUGACUACUGAAUUUAGCUGGUUUGUAGAACCGUUAAGCAAUGCACAGUGGGCGCAUGACCAAGAGUAUUUUAGGGGUCCUGAUGCAGCGCUGGGUGUACUGCAACUCAAUCACUUCCUAGGAACAAUAUAUGAGAAAGUACCUUAUCCUCCUCGAGGCAGCGGCCUGCCCACCUCGGAACUAAUGAGUGCGACAACCGCCAGUAGUGCUGUUCGUGAUUCGGAAUUGCCCCGUCCGGCAAUCGGCCAAGAAAGUAAAACUGGUUUGGAAGAACUGAGCGGGAAGGAAAUGAAUGGAAGCUCGAGCCUAAGAGGAGAAAGCGGAAUCAUGAUGUUGCUGUUGGUGGCUGCUUUUAUUGGUGGCCUUUUAUUAUUAAGUUCCUUUAAAUUGAAUUGGUGAAGAUCAUGGCCCUAGUUUAAUUUAUGUAUGUAUGUAUUGUAGUCAGGGAAUUGAUCGAAUAUUAUAUAUUGUAUGUAACCCUAGUCAAACACAAUAAAAGAUGUUGGAAUCCAAUCAAUC